AUGUCUCCUAUAAAUUGCACCCACGUGACAGAAUUUGUUCUUGUGGGCCUCACAGAUCUUCGGGAAUUGAAAAUGCCCCUCUUUGUGGUAUUCUUAUCUGUCUACUUUUUCACAAUAUUAGGAAACCUGGGUUUGAUCCUGGUUAUUAGAACAGAUGUGAAACUCAACACACCAAUGUACUUCUUCCUUAGCAACCUGGCUUUCGUUGAUUUCUGUUACUCUUCUGUCAUCACACCCAAAAUGCUUGGGAAUUUUUUGUACAAACAAGCUACUAUCUCCUUCAGUGCAUGUGCUGCUCAGUUAGGCUGCUUUCUCACCUUCAUGGUGUCAGAAUGCUUAUUACUGGCUUCCAUGGCCUAUGAUAGGUAUGUAGCCAUUUGUAACCCUCUGUUGUAUAUGGUCACAAUGUCCCCGAGAAUAUGCACUCAGCUUGUAGCUGUACCCUACAGCUACAGCUUCCUGAUGGCGCUGUUUCACACCAUCCUCACUUUCCGCCUCUCCUAUUGCCACUCCAAUAUCGUCAAUCACUUCUAUUGUGAUGACAUGCCUCUCCUCAGGCUUACUGACUCAGACACACACUCUAAACAGUUCUGGAUCUUUGCCUGUGCUGGUAUCACAUUCGUUUCCUCUGUUCUGAUUGUCUUUGUCUCCUACAUGUUCAUUAUUUCUGCCAUCCUGAGGAUGCGCUCAGCUGAGGGAAGACUCAAAGCCUUCUCCACGUGUAGCUCCCACAUGCUGGUGGUCACCAUAUUCUACGGGACACUGAUCUUUAUGUACUUACAACCAAGCUCAAACCAUUCCCUGGACACAGAUAAGAUGGCCUCAGUCUUCUACACAGUGAUCAUUCCCAUGUUGAACCCCAUGAUCUACAGCCUGCGGAACAAGGAUGUAAAAGAUGCCUUGAAAAAAGUCAUCAUCAAUAGAAACCAGGCUUGUGUGUUUGCAAAAUUAAGAAAAUGA